AAUUGCUACUCAUCUGAGUGUGUGUUCUCCCACGCUGCUCCAAGAACUGGCAAUUGUCUCACGAAUUACCGGUAUUCAGAGUUCUGCCCCACAAUUUCCAUCAAAAUGGAGAAGAAAAACGGACACACAAUGAUCAAUUCGGUCUCCACCGACGAAAUCUUGGAGAAGAAUGGAAAGAAGAAGAAAAGCUGUAAAGACAAGUUGAUGAGAUUUUUGAAUAGGAAUAUGUUAGUGAUAAUGACGGUAUCUGGAGUACUAGUAGGCGUAGGGCUCGGAAUGAUGGUUCGGAAUAUGAACCUAACCCGGGCGCAGAUGACUUAUUUUGCUUUCCCCGGUGAGAUGCUUCUGAGGAUGUUGAAGAUGAUUAUCCUUCCUCUGGUCGUGUGCAGCCUGAUCUCCGGUGCCGCGAGCCUGGACACGCGCUCCCUGGGGAAACUAGGAGGCAUCGCGGUCUCCUACUUCUUGGUGACCACCCUCAUCGCAUCCGGAAUCGGUGUGUCCCUCGCCUUCAUUAUCAAACCGGGAGUCGGUGCCGGGGCUCUGAACACAAAUAAUCUAGGUCUCGAGAGCGUCAAUACCAACAAGGAGACCACGGAUUCGUUUUUAGAUCUUGCAAGGAAUUUGUUCCCAGCUAACCUUGUGGCUGCAGCAUUCCGUUCUUAUGCCACUGAUUACAAGAUGGUCGCUGUGGGAAACGACACCAAUGGAACCAUCCUCUACCAGAAGGUUCCUGUGGGGACAGAACCAGAUGGUAUGAACAUCUUGGGCCUGGUUCUCUUUGCCAUGGUGUUCGGGGUGGCACUGAGGAAGCUGGGAGAGGAGGGGGAGGAGCUCAUACGCUUCUUCAAUGCUUUCAAUGAAGCCACCAUGGUGCUGGUGUCCUGGAUCAUGUGGUACGUCCCGUUCGGCAUCAUGUUCCUGGUGGGUAGUAAGAUAGUGGAGAUGGAGGAUGUGGUUCUGUUGGUGACCAGUCUGGGGAAAUACAUAUUCGCCUCCGUCCUGGGUCAUAUCAUCCACGGGGGGGUCGUCCUGCCUCUCAUCUACUUUGGGUUCACACGCAAGAACCCCUUCAGCUUCCUGUCCGGCCUCAUCACGCCCUUCACCACCGCCUUCGCCACCUGCUCCAGCUCGGCGACCCUGCCCUCCAUGAUGAAGUGUGUAGAGGAGAACAACGGAGUGGACAAGCGGAUCAGUCGUUUCAUCCUUCCCAUCGGAGCCACCGUCAACAUGGACGGGGCGGCCAUCUUCCAGUGUGUCGCGGCUGUCUUCAUCGCUCAGCUCAACAACAUAGAGCUCAACGCCGGCCAGAUCUUCACCAUCCUUGUGACAGCCACAGCGUCCAGUGUGGGCGCAGCGGGCAUCCCAGCCGGGGGUAUCAUCACCAUCGCCAUCAUCCUGGAGGCUAUCGGCCUGCCCACCAACGACCUGUCACUCAUGCUGGCCGUCGACUGGAUCGUGGACCGCACCACCACCGUAGUGAACGUGGAGGGAGACGCCCUGGGGGCGGGGAUCCUCCACCACAUCAACCAACAGGAGAUGAAGAAACAACACCUGGGGGAGGAGCUAGCGGAGGUCCUGGUGGAAGCGGUGGCCAACAGCCAGGCUGACGAGGAGACCUCCCCGCUCGUCACGCACCAAACCCUGAGUUCAGCAGGCGACCAAUCCCCCAGGGAGACCGCGGACGCCAUUGAGUCUGUCCUGUGAACUCGUAAAACAACUGUGAAUUCCGUCUCUAUGGUUACAAUCAGUGGUGGCUGGUGGCACUUCAAUUCGGAGGACGGGCUCAUAGCAAGGGCUGGAACGAAAUGAAUGGAAUGGUAUCAAAACACAUCAAAUAUAUGGUUUUCUUUGUGUUCGAUGUAAUUACAUUCACUCCAUUCCAGACAUUAUUAUUAGCCGUCCUCCCCUCACCAGCCUCCUCUGGUGUCUAAGGUUACGAUGCUGCUGCUGCUACUCCUGACACACGACUGAGUCAACCGAAUCGUCUGUGAAUCGACUCUGAAUCAACUCUGAUCACCUUUACCAUACCUCUUAAAACAGUUCAUGAGUUAUUUUACUUCUAGGAAAAAAGUGCCCAAGAUAAAGUUUGUUUUAUAUUGUGGUACUUCCUAUUUGGAGUAUUCUAAAAGUGUAUUUAAAAGCCACAAGAAGGUUAGCCUCGCCCUUGAGAAUGAAUCUUGCUCAAAUUGAAUCCAGGCUGCUUUCUGGUUUUGGGUGAGAGUGGUCUGUUGGACAUAGAAUCUAAAAAGGGAAUCUCUCCUAACCGUGACGUGGCUGUGACCUCACAAGGCAGAAGGGAAGGAGAAUCAUUUACUAACUGACCUGGAGUUUUCUGUUUGUUUUCUGUCGAUAGUCAACCCAGAACGUGAAACAUUAACCCCUCAAAUGACAAAAGUCUCUCAAAUAUUUUGGGUAAAUAUUGAGGAAGAGCCAGAGUUGACCUUCUGUUUAUGUACUAGAACCUACUGACCCAAUGGCCUACUAUGGUGCCUGUAUCUAAUAUUGGAUUUAGGACCAUAAGGAUCUGUGUCGAUAUAGUGCAGGUUCAAUUAGAGCAAAUCCUAACUUCUACUUAAGUUUGAUUUUCACUUUGUCUCAGAUUGACAUCAAUGCGUCACGUACCAAAUUGAACCCAAAUGUAACCCUUCCUGGUUAAAUAAAGGUAAUAAAUAAAUGCAUGACUAAGUGGACAUUUGCCUUAAAUGGAAGUUACAGUAGGAUUUACCCCUUAGGCAAUACAUGGAAAUAUGGUGGUGAGCACACUCCAUUUACUAAACUGUUAAAGUGCAGACCGAGGCCAACAAGGGCUGUCCUAUCCUUCUAUUGUUGUGAGAGUAGAUGUUGCCUCCAUCAGUGAUGUCCCAGGCCCUUGCUACUAUGGGUUUCAUUUACUGAAGAAACCAAACCAUAUGUUCUUUGGAACUUUUUCUUUUUGAAUUGAGAGGAAGCAUGGUCAGACGGGCUGUAUUACAAAUGGUACCCUGUUCCCUAUAUAGUGCACUUCUUUUAACCUGAGCCCAGCACCUUGUUCCCUAUAUAGUGCACUACAUUUUCCCCCAUAGGGCUCUGGUUAAAAGCAUUGAACUAUGUAAGGAAUAGCCAUUUGGGAUGACACAUGGGCAUUGAUAAAGGCAUGCUCUCAUUAUUGACUCAUAGUAUUUAUCUAUAUCCCUGAACAUGAAGGAAACUGCCAAAGUUGUUAAAACAGACUUUUCCUUUCGCUAGAUACAUCUAUGGGAUAGGUGUAUGUUUUACAAAUGACAAAAAAAAUGUAAUUUACAAAAUAAUAUUACAGUAGUGGUUCUGCUGCCAUCUAGUAGUGGCGUGGCGUAGUUCUGCUGUCAUCUUGUAGUGGUGUGGUGUAGUGGUUCUGCUUCCACCUAGUGGUGGCAUAGUGGUUCUGCUGCCACCUAGUGGUGGCGUGGCGUAGUUCUGCUGCCACCUAGUGGUGGCGUGGUGUAGUGGUUCUGCUGCCACCUAGUGGUGGCGUGGCUCAAUGUUUUGAGUUCUGUCAUGAGAAUGGCGCAAGCAUGUGAAAGUACAGCGUUUUAAUUUAAUUUGAUCCUAUAUGGGCCAAUGUGGCCUAGUUUAUCAAUGUAGUCAAAUUGAUUUCUUCUUUCUUUGUAAUGAAUCACUAUUGCUGUUUGCUGGAAAUUAUUUACUCUGAUUUAUGGGGGGACAUUAUGUUGUACUAACUCACUAAUGUACCAACUCUGUUCCACAAUUCCACUUCUACUCAGACUAAUCGUUUGUUGAAGCAGUUUUUAGAUGUUGGAAAUGGAAGGUUGUCCCUCAAGCAAGGACAAUUAUAUGUUAUUAACUGUUUUAUACAAAAUUGUAUGCGUGAUUUGUCAGAAUCUUUGUGAAUGUAAUGUCUCUAAACAUGUCCUUAAAAAUGUGAAAAGGUUGCCAAUCUGUCAUCGGAAUACUGUGGCUCUACAUAGUUUGACAGUGAAUGAGGUAUUUUUUGGAAACCAGAAACUGGUUGUGAGAAGGAUCAUUAAGUUUGAAUAUUCUUUCUUUAUUUAACAUGAUCAUCUUUCAAUCGAACAACCCUUUACUUGAAUAAGCUAUAUGAAGGAAUUUUAAUUUAUUCUAAUUGCGUUAACAUUUUGUAUAAUUUGUAUUUUUGAUAUACGAUUUAGGCAUUUUCUCUAAAUUUCUAGUUGCCAAAUCUGUUCCUAACGCCUUUCUCUGAUGUGGAACAAUUUUUCUUACAGCCUAAAGUAUGUAGCCUGGUCCAGCUCUGGUUGUGCUCCUGCCAACUCCAUUGCUGUAAUUGUCAAGACAAUCUGUUUGGCAUGACAAUGAGUGGCAUGACAUGGUAGCACAAACAGAGCUGGCACGCUGGCUAUAAAGUAUGUCCUCCAUUUUGUUUUGUGGUAUUUUGACCAACAGGAAUGACUACUAUGUUUCCUGUGAAAUGAUGAUGUCUAGCUUUGUAACACAGCUGUCUCUUUUACUUGUCUCUGUCUUUUACCGUUAAAUAUAAAUGUGUGUUUCACGCAACAGAGAUGA